CAAAAAUGAUAACGAAAACCAACUAUACCCCAAAGAAAGGCCAGUGAGAAAAGGGGAAAGCUUUUUUCAACAGUCAAUUUAGUGAUGUGGAGAAACCUGGAUCAUCCAUGGCUUCUCUUGGGUUGUUGAUUUUACGCCCUUUCCAAUUUAUGGCGAAUUAUGGAAGCAUGGCCCUACUAAAACAUCUCCACCUCUCUGUCUCUUCCCUCAAUACAAAUCAUGCUACUGAUGAACGAUUAUCAUCUCGCUAGUUAAAAGAAACAGCAAGGAGCUCCACAUCGCGCCCAUACCGGCUUCAGUAGAGUGAAAAAGGUGAAACAUUUCUCUCCUCUUCCUCCCCCUUAGCAUCGCUUUGAAAAUAACAGCAAGCAGCAAGAUAAGAAAAAUCUAUCACUGUAGCAGAGGGCCCUGCGAGUGAGAGAGGGAGUGGGUUAAAGGGUCCUGCUUUUGUUGGCAUUAAAGGGCUCUUCUUUCUUUUCUUUCUUGAUGGAUGGUGGGGAAGCAGUUCAGUAGCUACUGACAUUGAAGAAAUCAUGGAGCUUUUUUCUCUUUAUUGGUGGAUGGAAUCUGCAAAUCUCUUGAAUGGGUUCCUGCUAAUUUGAAGCUGUGGUGGUGUUGUGGGUUUAGUUCAAUAAUUUCAGUGUAGUUGAUAUCUUUUGACCCUCUUGAGCUUGGAUUUCAACAGCUUCAGCUUCAAUUCAGUUUAGAGGGAAAUUGUAGAUCUGGGAUGAAGAAAAGUUGCAAACUUUUGAGGAUCUGGUGGUGAGGUCAAAAUUCUCUAUGACUUGUGUCUCAGUGAUGGAGUGGAAUCACAAGCCUCAAUUGCAAUGGGACUGGGAAAAUCUCAUAAUGUACAAUCCAAAUUCUGCUGAGAAUCCGAAUCCCAGGAAGCUCGAUGGUAACUUAGAUUGGGAAUUUGAAGAUGGGGUAAGAGAAGCAGCUGAUGAUUCUGGUUCAUUUUUCUCAUCCGGAGGCUGCUGCAAUGACAACUCUGGUGGUUCCAUCUCUGAAUUGGGCCUCGCUGCUGGUUCUUCUUUCUCUUCAAAGUCAGCUUCCAUCACCAAUUCUUCAUCCACUGGAGAAGCAAAGCCAAUCAAUACUACAGGUGAGCCUCUGCUUGGUUUGAAGCUUGGGAAACGAACUUAUUUCGAAGACUCGAGCUGUGGGAGCAAUUGUAAGGCUGGGCCUGCUGCUACUGUUGCUGCUGCUGCUGCUGCUAAUUUAGCAAAGAGAUCGAAGUCGAAUUGUGUGGCUGUGUUCUGCCAGGUGGAAGGGUGCAACCUUGAUCUCUCGGCGGCCAAGGAUUACCACAAGAAGCACAGAGUCUGCGAAGGGCAUUCAAAGUGUCCGAAGGUGGUUGUUGCUGGGGUGGAAAGAAGGUUCUGUCAGCAAUGCAGCAGGUUCCAUAGCUUGUCAGAGUUUGAUGAGAAGAAGAGGAGCUGCAGAAAGCGGCUCUCUGAUCACAAUGCAAGGCGUCGCAAGCCACAGGGGGAGUCGCUUCGUUUCAAUCCUUCGAGGAUGCAUUCGUCCAUCUUUGGUACUGAUGGUGUACUUUCAUUGCCUAGGAAUGAAUUCAAUUCCUGUUAUGAACUGGACGCCGUUUUUCGUUUUGCAGACGAGAGGCAAAGGAUGAGCUUUGGAUGGGAAAGUAGCAGGAGUCCCCUGGUCCAAGGAAGGGCAGGUGGGUAUUUGUUCUGGGAAGACACCUCUGGUUCCAAGUUCACAAUAACAAAGGACUACUCCUUUAAGCCGUCAACAAGUCAGCCAGCAGUCUCCUCAAUGGCUGUUGCUCAUCAUCACGGCUUGUUGCCUGCAAAGGCAAAAGGGAUAGCAACAGAUAAUCCAAGUCAAGGUGCGGUUCUUAGACUUCAAUCCACCACAAUAUUGCUAGGUGCAUCGUGCUUAAGGGCUGACAUUUUCAUUGCAGGAAUCGAGGCGGAAGAAUCCACCAUGUCGCUAAACGCGAAUGAUGAUGCUACACAGGAUCUCCACCGUGCUCUCUCUCUUCUGUCAACCAACUCGUCGUGGGGCUCUUGCGAGCAGCAGCGAUCAACGACGAUAGCUUCACUUGAAGCAGCUCACGCAAGCCCUGCAGCAAGUGUGCCUCAGUCCUUCUUCCAGUUGCCUCACAUCGAACUGCAGUCAGCCGAGGCUCGGCUGCACUCUUCCCAGUCCGCUUAUGUCGGUGAUUACUCUCAGCAGUCUCAACCACAUCAGCUAUUGAGAGAUCCUUACGCGGCUGAGCUCAGUCCUGGUCAGUUGUGA